CUUAUAGAUAGGUACUUUAUCUCUAUAACAGUAAUAUUACAAAAUCGUCGAUACGUACAUUCACAUUUCAUUGCUGUAUUGCGAUACAAUCAAGUAAGUACGCAAACUGAAACAGUCGCAGUCGUAAAGAUGAUGCUCUUAAUCUUUAGUGUGUGCUGUUUAACCUUUAUAUCGUGCUCAUCGCCUAUUGUUAGGGUGGAACAAGGCGAACUUGCCGGAACUUUUUACGAAUUACCUAAUGGACGUAUUGUAAAUGCAUUUUUGGGAAUUCCUUAUGCGGCUCCGCCAAUUUUCAAGAACCGAUUCAAGGAACCGCAACAAUUGAAACCAUGGGUUGGUGUAUGGAAUGCGACCAAACUCCAGAGCUGGUGUUUACAAAUCGAGCAUCGUAGACUGUAUGAAAUUUCAGGGGAGGAAGACUGCCUUUAUUUGAAUAUCUACACUCCUAAAUUGCCUGUUGAUGGAGUUGAUAAUCCUUUGAUGAACGUUUUGGUUUACUUUCACGGAGGAGCUUUUAUGUUUGCUAGUGGAGGAAUUUACUACCCAGAUUAUAUCCAACAGGAUCAUGAUAUUGUUUUCGUCAAUAUUAAUUAUCGUCUCGGAGCAUUAGGAUUCUUUAGCACUGGUGAUAACGUUGCCCCUGGAAAUUUUGGAUUGAAAGAUCAAGUGGCUGCGUUGAAAUGGAUUCAAAGAAAUAUUAUUCAUUUUGGUGGUAAUCCUGACAGUGUUACGAUAGCUGGAUCUUCAGCUGGAGGCGCUAGCGUCCAUUAUCACUUUAUUUCUCCGUUGAGUAAAGGUCUUUUCCACAAAGGAGCUUCGUUAAGUGCAAAUGUAUUCCAUCCAUGGACUUUACCAAGAAACGUUCCCCAAAAAUCUACUCAUUUGGCUGCUCUUGUUGGUUGCCCCAUUGAUAACAAUCGAGAAAUGGUGAAAUGUUUGCAAAAGAGGCCAGCUAGAGCUAUUGUAGAGCAAUUGAGGAAUUUUAUGGUAUGGAGAUAUUGUCCAUUUUCACCAUUUGGGCCAACGGUAGAACCAGAAAGUCCAAAUGCAUUUUUAUCAUCACAUCCUCUUGAAUUGGUGGCAAGUGGAAAAGUGAAAGAUUUACCCUGGAUGACUGGUGUUACUGAAAAAGAAGGAUUGUAUCCAGGAGCAGAGUUUAUGGCUCAUGAUCAUCUGUUAAAAGAAUUGAACGAUAAUUGGUACGAAAUAGCGCCAAAUUUACUCAUGUAUAAUUACAGCGUACCAGAAAAAGAAAGAGACGCAGUAAGCGAUGCCAUCAGAAACUUUUAUUUCGGAGACAAACCUAUUUGCAAAGAAACUAGGGAUCAACUAGUUCAAAUGCUGGGAGAUCGAUUUUUCUAUAAUGAAAUAUUCGAUAUUACAAAACUACACAGUUCGGCUACUAAAAACGAAGUGUACUGUUACAAAUUCAAUUAUCGAGGAAAAUAUAGCCUUACUAAUGUGUAUGCGAAAAAUUCCGAAAAUUAUGGAAGCAGCCAUUCGGAUGAUAUAUCAUACUUCUUGCGAUACCUUCCAUCAAGCUCUGAAGAAACCAAAGCAGAUAAAGCGAUGACCAAAUUAGUAUCAUCCAUUUAUGUGAAUUUCAUGAAAACUGGAAAUCCUGCUAUUGGAGUAGAUGCCUGGAAACCAGUUGCCAAAGAUCAAAAUCCCAGUUUAAUGUGUUUGAAUAUCAAUUCAGCAGAUGAUUUAGUGUACAGCGACAUAACGAAUGCAGCUACGAGUAAAUUCUGGAAAAAUGUUUUAUCUGACGAAUACUCGUCCAAUCUGGAUGUAGUGCGAAGAGAUGAGCUUUGAAGAAUACAAAUUGUCAAUUCAAGGAGUAGAUAUUUCAAAUAGGUACUUACAUAAAAAACUGAGUCAUUAUAAAUUUAAUAAUCUAGGUUCGUUAUAACUGUUAUAAGUGUAGGUACGUAAGUACCUACGUGUACUUUACAAUUUAUCGAGCUCAAUCAUUAGGUCUAAAUGAAAUUAUAAAUUGUUUGCAAAUCAUA